AUUGUAAUAGUACAACAAAGUACACCAUAAAAUUUGAAAAAAUGAUAUAAAUGUUUUAUAGUUAUAGCGGCUGAUAACGAGUAAAAUGUAGGUUUUGAAACAGUUUCGGCUCAGCAGAGGUUAUGAUGUUGAGCCUAGUGAUUUUACAUUUUGCCGCCUUUACAAUAAACGAAAUUUAUUGUGCACCCAGGUUAAUUGUUGACGAUUUAUUAGAUAUAAUUGAACAACAACAGAGAACGAAGCAAAAUAGCGAUUAUUCGUCGACGUCUGAUGACAGCGGGGUUUCUGAUGAGAACGAUAAAACCUUGAGAGCUGGACAACUUGUUCGAUACUUUCAGAACUCCCUUGAUAAUAACAAAAAUAAAAAAUUUACUCAAAAUAAAAAAUUGUCAGAACUAUAUUCAUACCUUGCCAAGUUGAAUGAUAACAGGAAAGAUAGAUAUUUGGUUAAUAACAAAAAGGAUCUUAAUAGUUACUCGUAUGUUGUUAAAAAGAACUCGCGUGAAAUAAAUCAAUUGGUGCAACUUUUACUAUCACAAAUUAAUAAAAAGCAAAGAAAAGGAGAAGAGGAAGAAUCAGCCGAAUACAAAAAUCGUGAAGAUGCAGGCGAUAUCGGUCUAAAUGAUUACUCCCGAAUAUACAUUAUCCUAAACCCAGAAGUGAUGGAAACGGAAAAAACUCCAAACCUGUUGUCUGAAUUACUCUCAGGGUUGUCGUCGAAAUCUAGAUCGGUUUUACCAACGAACUUACUUGGGCCCAAGGAGAUCCGGUACAAGGGAUUUCCACUGAAAUCCGCUUUGGUGCAACGGCGCAGAGGCGGUGGUAGAGAACAGAAGUUUUCUCGCGAAGCAAUGGGGAAGAACUCAAUGGAAGAAAGUAAGCAUCAACGGUACUCAAACUAUGGUGGUGGUGGUGGAGGUGGUGGUGGCGGUGGUGGUGGACGUGGGUGGGACGGGGGUCGCGGCAGGGGAGGGGGCGGGACCGGCCGCACGGGCAUCCCAUAUAUAAGACAACGACCUGGUAUAUUUGAGAAGUAUUCAUAAUAUCAUGAUGUUAUAAAAAAAAUAUCAUUAUUUUCUUAUUUUAAAAUUUACAGCAUUUUCUCGUUAAAGUACGAAUUCAACGGAGAUAUUGAAAAUUAAAUAUAUGGCACACCAAA